UGAUUGUGAAUAUGACGUUAAUAAACGCAUUGAUUAUACUAAUAGUCAUAUUGGCCAUUUCAGUACUGACUCUUGUCACUCCGCUGUUAUUGUUGGUCGCGUUGUUAACGAAAAUUUUUGGCUGUUUAGUUUGCACUUCGCCUAAAACUGUUGUCGGCGACGUGGCUGUGGUGACUGGAGCUGGUCACGGACUAGGUCGUGCUAUUGCUAUUGAAUUAGCCAAGAUCGGUUGCCAUAUUGCCGCUGUGGAUAUUAACAUAGAAGGUGCUGAGGAAACUGUUAAGAAAAUCAAUAAGAUAUCCACAGUAAAAGCUAAGGCAUAUAAGGUCAAUGUAACUAAUUUUACUGAGAUAUCUAACCUUGGGGUAAAUGUUACUCGGGAUCUAGGUCCGGUAACGAUUCUCAUUAACAAUGCUGGUAUUCUGAUGCUUCGUAAUGCCUUAGAUCCUGCUCCGGAGGAUGUUCAGCGGAUGAUUGACGUCAACAUGACAUCGCAUUUUUGGACUAAGGCUGCGUUUCUGCCUACCAUGAAGAAACUACGCAAAGGACACAUUGUUACAAUUAGCUCCGCUGCUGGCCUGUUGCCUCUGCCCUAUAACUCCACCUAUACUGCCAGUAAAUUCGGGGCGACUGGCCAUAUGAAGGCUCUACGCAUGGAACUGAUGAUGGAGAAGCAGCACAACAUCCAUGUGUGCAUUGUGAUGCCAAUGUUUCUGAAGACCAAUAAUGAGAUCAAGGAAAUUGCUAAUACCGUAGGGCUGAAUCGUUUCUAUCCAUUGAUCAGCGGAGAGUGGGCAGCUCGUCGCAUAGUUAAGGGAAUGCUCUCUGGCGAAAGAGAAAUUAAAAUGCCUCUGCUUGUCGAUGUGCUUUGUCGUAAUUUAAGUGUACUUCCAAUCGCGUGGCAGGAGAGGUUUUUUGUCUUAUUUUCCGGGAAAUUGUUUCGCAAGUUCUGUGAGAUACGCGCCUAAAUGUUUAUAUGGUCGAGAUAAUACAAGAAUACUUGAAUAUAAAAUAGUGUGGCAUAUGUGAAUUUAAUAUGUUUUAUAGUUAUGUUACGACUCUGUUGUUAACAGAAACAUGUUAAUUUCAUUUCAUUAAAAACGUUUGAAAGAUACUUAA